AUGCCCAAUCGUCUCCUAGUUCGACGUCCUUCUCCGACAACAGUGUCGUUUACGGUCUCGAACGCUUCUAAACGCUCAACUCCUUCGGCCAAGCUCCUUCUCGUCCUUCAGGUAAUCUGCCGAAUCCUCCUUUUCACAUGUGUGCUGCUUGUCGGAUUCGCAAGGCUACGGCACUCUCUUUAUGGAGAUGAGGCAUUCAAUCUUCAUUGGAAUGCUAUUUGGUCGAGUCGGAUUGGUGCGAUUGCGUGUCGCAUCGCGGACACGUACAAUCUGGCGGGCAUUGCACUAGUCAGUGCACUGGUUAUUUAUGGUGUCUUUAGACGAGGACAUACUGAGGAAUCCCUGUUAGUUAUUCGCGGUUUGGGGAUUCAGACCUCGACAUCUUCGACAAGCUAUCUCUCCAAGGCGGCCACUCGUUUCAUCCCGACUACACAAAUACAGGAUAUUGUGAUUCAUGAAGCAUUUAAGGGGUUCGAGGUUCGCUUUUAUCUGGCCGUCAUUGUCGAAGGAGAAUCGGAUGUCGUUGUCGUUUUCCCUAAACUCCUGCCGAAACGACAGAUUUUGGAAGAAGUGUGGAGGGGCUCACGGCACUGCCUCUACGAAGCCAAAUCAUGA